GUUUAAGUGGCCGCCCGCGAGCACAUAGAGCCAGCAGAUGUUGCAGAGUGACACACGCAGCCUUCGCCGAGAUCCCUUCCUCCGCGGCCUCCAUUUCCCACCGUUCAGAGCGCCGGUCAGCGGGCCGAUAUUGUUUUUAUCGAUUACACCUUAGCGAUGCUUUGUAGUAAUUUCUGGGAGUGAAUUUCCGUCUUUCUUCUCGCUGGUAUUUUUAGGGUUAAGUGUGUCGCGCACCGGUAAAUUCAAAGGGUCUGUUGAAUAUUGCUUCAUUCGAUGCCAGUUGUUUUUAAAAAUGACUUGCAGUAAUUACGGCUUACUUGGUGUUGGAUCCGAUUGUUAUUAGGAGCGUGAACUUCAUUGCCUGAUCUGUUUCCCUUAGCUUGACAACCGCCUUGUGUGCAGCAACGCAGAAAGGCGGUGUACAGAUUCAAAGAGGCAAUAAUGAUGAGAAUCAGGAAUGUGAAUAUCAUAAUAUAAGGUGGUUGGUCAUCCCCACCCCAAUCUGCUGCAACAAGCAACUCUCUACCCAUAUAUUGUUUUGCUUUCUAUUUAUGUACCAAUCCUGGGGGCUGGGGGCGGGCAGCGGGUGUAAUAUGGAACAGCUCAUUGUGGAAAACUGGCAUAUAAAUAAACGUGAUCAAUCAGUAAGUUCCUGGAGAUGCAAAUUUCCCCAUCGGCCAUGAAUCCAGUAGGUGGUGGCCUUAGGCAAACCAACAUUUCCUUCUUGGUCCUCAGAUUCUGUUGCCCAUCUGCUAAAACGUGGGGAUUAAACAUUUUAAUUUUCACUAAAACCCCACCUCAUUGUCACUUCAGCCUGGCCAAUCUUAAAGGGCAGCUGUGUGAGGACUGUUCAGCUAAUGGAGGAGCUGGUGACGGGGGCCCAAAGUGGGAGACUUGGGCCUAGCUGACCUGGCUUCAUAUCUCCCAGCCAGUCACAGAAUUCGCUAAGUGAUCCUUGGAGCAGCCAUUUCCUUUCACAGCCUAACCUUUCUCUUCUAGGUUUGGGGAAGGUGUGUGUAUAUUAUGCAUAUGUACUUGAGCUCUGGAGAAAGCAUGGUAUAAAAAUGUCACAAACCUAACCACCAGCGUGCUGUAAAAUGAUCCAAUCGUUAAGCAGAUUUCUUGGCUGCAUUGCACAACAUCCAAGAGUGUAGGUCCAAUCUGCUGGGGGGCAUGUUAGUAAGAACAACCGCUCAUCGUUUCCAGGAGCAAUGCACUCGAGAUUUGCCUAUUCACAUAGUAAUGGAUGGCUUAUGUGACUUCCCCACUAAAAUGAAUUUUGUCAUUCAGUGUUCCUUUUCUCUCCUUUUUUCAUGCUGUAUACUUCACAACAGUGUCUAUUGCUAACUAGAAUACAAGAAGUUCCUAUUUGGCACAGCAAGACCUGAAAUAUCUGCAGUGGGGAACUCCAUCUGCUGAGGUUAAUUGCAUAAAUUCCACACCAUGCAUUGGAUCUGCCCCUUCUUCGCAAAAGCUUCCUACAGGAGUCGGCACCUGCCAGUGCGGUUAUGCAUCCUACGGGCCUUUUCCAGUCAUCUCCCAAAUCAGGUGUGUUUCAUUUUCCACGGCUUCAUCAUCUUGUUCUUAGACUUUUGUGUUGUUAAAUUUCGAAGUACAGUGGUACCACGGGAUCCGUUCCGGAGCCCCGUUUGCAUCCCAAAGCAAACGUAACCCGUGUUCGUGCGUCUGUGCGUGCGUAGGUCACGUUUCAGUGCUUCUGCGCAUGCACGUGACGUCAUUUUGACUGUCUGCGCAUGCACGCGCGGCGAAACCCGGAAGUAACGUGCUCCAUUACUUCCGGGUCGCCCUGGAGCGCAACCCGAAAAUGCUUAACCCAAAGCGUAUUCAUCCCGAGGUAUGACUGUAUCUGAUUUACAGCAAUACAGGAAGGUAAGUUUUGGUAAAAGUCUAUUGUUCCUCCUUUUGUGCUUGGGUGUGCAGAAAAGCAUUGCUACUGUUUGAGAAUCACGAAAUCUUAGGGAUUUUUGAGAUCGAUACUGUGUUGUUAGAUUUUCUGGAUAGAGUCAGUGGAACAGACUCCUUCAGAAGGUAGUGGACUGUCCUUCAUUGGAGGCUUUUAAGCAGAGCAGGGGGUUGGGCUAGAUGACCCUUAGGGACCCUUCCAACUCCAUGAUUCUAUUACAUCAGGCACCUGUAUCUCUGAUUUUUUACUCAAAUCUGUCUCUAAAUGUUAGCCAAGCAAAAGUAUUCAUGUAAUAGUUAUUUUGGUCAUCUUCUUUGUCAUUGUGUCUUUUUUAUUUACAAAGCACUCUUGCAGCCCUAGUAUCUUUCAUUCUGUCAGGUUGUACUAAUGCAGUGCUUGGGGGAUGCCAUUAAAUGCUGGCAAAGCAUAUAGCUUGCACACAUGGGAAUAUUGAAUGUUGCCUUAUACUAAGUCAGACCAUUGGUCCAUCUAGCUCAGUAUUGUUAACGCUUUGCAGCAACCCAGUGGUGGCUUUCUUGCGUUUCAGACAUGGAUCUCUUCCAGCCCCACCUGGAGACGUUGCGAACUUCUGCAUGCAAAGCAUGUGCUCUGUCCCAGAGCUGCAGCUCUUCCUUACCACACAUGUUUGGUCCCUCAUUCAGUCCUUGACAUCUCUAGUUAAAAGAAUUUCUGGUAGCUGGAUUAGGAAAACACAUUCUGUCUGUCUGAUAGCCUUGGAAAUUGCUAUCAGAUAGAUUGGUGCUAGAUGGACCAAUGGUCUGAUUCAGUACAGCAGUAAGUAAAGAGUGAAUCUAUCAGGAUAGCUCAGCUGAAAAUAGAUAAAGGUAGCAGGCACAAGAGCAGGAGGUCCUAGGCUUGUAGCUUGUUAACAAUGUACUCCUCAGGAAAGUUUUCAGGACUUCAACAAAUGGACUAAAUCUCUUUGAGGAUGUUAUCUUUAGAGACAAAUAUUAUCACUUACCUGCUUUCUAGGUCCCCACUAAAACCUAGAAUACUUUUAAUGAAAUUUCUAUAGAAUGAAAUGUACAAAUGUUAACACAGACACUGAACCCUGUGCUUCUAUUUUGUGACAGUAACAGUUCAGUCUUGUCUGUUUUAUCAAACCUGCUCUACUAUUUUCCAGGUGAUUGAAGAUGUAAUAAACCGGCCAUCGUCACAGCUGGGAACUGCUACAGAAAAAGGAAACGUGAUUAUAAAAACUGCCAAAGUAAUUCUCCACUUCAGCUACCCAUCUGGGUCUUCUGUGUUCUGCUUCCUCUCCCAGAGUCCCCUUCAAGGGGUGUUUGGCUCUAGUCGUCCCUGCAGUGGAACAAGCUGUACAUCAUCCUCCACACAAUCCAGCCAUUUCCCAUAGAGCAUGCAGCUUUUUAAAAAGCUUAAUCUGUUGCUUGUUCAAUUUUGUUCUCCCAAUCACUUUCUAUUAUUUUUAGCUGUACUUGAUUCUUAUUUGGAGCUUUUGGGCAUCCAUCCAAAUAUUUAGUAUUCAACUAUUGAAGCAUCUGGAAGCCCUUCAAUAAUUGGCUCUUGUUACUAUUAUAACUGUGUAAUUUUUAUUCAGCACUUCCUCCUUUUGAAAAGAUCUCUUCUAACCCCCCCACCUUUUCCUCUGCCUGGACCCUUAGGGCACCAGGGAUUUUAGCCCAAAGCAGAUGGUCAUUCGAGAAAAAAUCUUCAGCACCAUAAUCAGCUGUUUCAAACGUCAUGGAGCUGCAACAAUAGAUACCCCUGUGUUUGAGCGGAAGGUGAGGACAGUCACUUAGAUCUUUUCUUUCAGAAAUGGAACUGGCUCUAAUGGCUGACAAAAAUCAUCUGACCUGUAUCUCUUGAAGGCUGGCUGAGAUUCUGCACAUAGGUUGCUUCAAUUCCAUUAGAUUCAGUAGAACUGAAACUCUGGAUUAAGCCUUAGGCGAAAGAUGGAAACUUUUGUAGGUUGACUCAACUGGUUUUGGUGUCAGUUAGUUCCAGAUCAGUAGGACAAGUGAAUGAAGCAUAGAAAAUGCACUUGUUCUUUCUCAUGAAGCUGGAGCUUUCAGGUCUGGUUCCAAUGCUCCCUGUAUACACUGGUACAGGACAUGCAAUCAUUUGUAGAAAACAAGAAGCACUGAAUAAAUGUAAAUUGUUUUCUUCUUCUCCAUCUCUUGCGCAGUAUCAUUACUAGUUAAGCCAUGUUCUGCCUACACGUUUCCUAUAGGCAUCUGGUUGACCACUGUGAGAACAGGAUUCUGGACUAGAUGGCCGGAUCCAGCAGGCUGUUCUUACAAAGACAGAGCAAAUAAAAAGUAUUUCAGUGUUGCACAAGUCAGCUUUCCAUGUUACACAGCCCUUUGUUUAAUCAGUUAUAAAAUAUGUACUACCUGUUGGGUGAUAAGCAGCACGGAUAAAGCCAGCAGAAGAUGCUCAGCCCCAAAACUAAGAUAUACAAAUUGCCUACACAGCAUUGGCACCAAAUCCCUUCCCAAACAACAUGGCGGAAGGAAAUCCUAAUAGGGCCAUUUCUAAAAAGAUCCCAAGGACUCUCUCAGGGUACUUUAGAGGGUGGAGAAACGUUAAGUUUUAGCAGAGCCUAUGAAGUUGCCCAUGGAAGGAUGUGGCCUUUUAGGUAUCCCUGACCCAGCUAUGUAGGGAUUUAAAGGUCAGCACCAGCAACUUGAAUUGGGCUUGGAAACCCACUGGGAGGCCAUGCAAAAUUGGCAUUUCCUUCUUUUUGACCCAGCUCAGUCAAAAGUCUAAUGACAGUAUUCUGUAAUGGCAUUUCUGAGAAUGCUUCAAAGGCAGCCCAUAUAAAGCCCAUUACAGUGCUCUAGUCUAGAUAUGACUAAAGCAUGAAUUGCCUGUGGCUAGGUACAGAAUAACUUUCUUAAAAGGAAAUAUUAUUGGGGGGGGUACAUAAUGAUAUAUCCCACAAUAUUAAACACUGGUCCAUACUUGGCAAAAUAUACUGUGUUUCUUUUUGUUUUCUUUUUCUUCAAGGACCUCUUGUUUGAUCACUAUGGGGAGGAAUCAAAGCUGGUUUAUGAGCUGAAAGACCAAGCGGGAGAGUUGCUGUGUCUUCGCUAUGACUUGACUGUAUCCUACCAAAGGAUAGGAAACCCUCCUUUACAGUGGGGGUUGCUGUCUUUCUUGGGUAAGAUAAUAGAAUUAGGAUGUGGCAACUUUGCCUCUUCCUGAAGAAUGGAGAUCAUGUUGUAUCCUGCAUGCCAGUGAUUGCUGUUGAAUAUAGGUUAAAAAACGCAACUGGUUCAGAAGACAGCUACCACUUUUUAUUGGAUUGUGGUUAUAGGGAGCACAUAAGAUCAAAGUGCUUACAGUUACUUUGUGAUUCCAGUGUGAUUCCAGUGUGAUUCUGGGGACAACCAAGUAUGCUGAUGUUGAGGUUUAAAGCCCUAAAUGGUGCAAGGGCAGCAUACCUUAGGCUUAAGGGGUGUCUUGUCCCAAGAAAGCCUCCAAAACAGUUGAGAUCUUUUUGGGAAGUGCUGCUCCACAUUACAUUUGUUAGGAAGAGUCUUACAUCAAAGCCAGAGCGUGUUAUCUCCUCUUUUGUGCUACAGCUUUGAAAUGUUCCACCUAGAGAGACUCCCCUUGCUUUGCCUCUACUAAGUUUUAGGUUUUUGCUAUUUUUUCUGUCUUAGAUCUAUCAUACAUUUAGAAAUGACAGUGAGUAAGUGAGAGAAGAUAUUUUCUACAUUUAAUGUAAGAGAACCAUAGAAACACACCUAAUUGUAUGCGUUCUUCAGAAAUAUUCUUCUGCAGCUUUUUCGAAGACAUCGUCAACUGCUUUUAAACUUGUGCUUUUCAGAAGGCACUGGAACUAGCUAUUCGUGAAGUAGGAGUGACAUAAUAGCAACCAUAAGACUGCUGACAAAACAAGAUUGUUCUUGCUCUGUGAACUACACACCAUUUUUCUUAACAAAGGCUUCCCAGGUGCCAUUUGCUCGUUAUUUGGCCAUGAACAAAGUUUCCCAUUUUAAGCGCUAUCACAUUGCAAAAGUCUACAGACGUGAGAGCCCAUCAUUGGCAACGGGACGCUACAGAGAAUUCUGCCAGUGUGUAAGUAUUUGCAGGUUUCUCAUCUAUGGAUAGAGAGUGAGCACCAUGGAACUUUCCUCUCUCAAAAUAUCAGGCUGGGGUAGGUAGGGAGCAGAGGGAUUGCAAGAGAGUUGAGUGCUGAUACAAGUUUUGCCUUCCUUGCACUUCUGGGAAAUGGAAGUGGUUUGUUGAAUAUUUCUGCUAAUGACCCCUAAGCUCUGCUUCUGUGAUUUUGAUUGCUGCCUUCUGUGCUCUAGGAUUUUGACAUUGCUGGCCAAUAUGACCCCAUGAUUCCUGAUGCAGAAUGUUUGAAGGUCAUGCACGAGAUCCUAAGUGCCCUGCAGUUUGGAGAUUUCCUCAUCAAAGUAAGGGAGCUUGGCCAGAAUGGGCCUAUGCUUACAAGCCUGUGAAAAAUGAAAAUGGGGUGAAAGUCAAAGUGGAAGAAGGGAAUACUGAAAUGAGUGACUUUAUAGUGACUUCUACAGAACAUUUCUUCUUUUUCUGCAGAUCAAUGAAAGGCGUAUUUUGAAUGGGAUCUUUACAAUAUGUGGUGUUCCCAGUACCAAAUUUGAAACAGCUUGCUGCACCCUUGACAAGCUGGGCAAGGUAAACAGUUAAAGAAUAUUCCGUUUUAAUCUGCUAAGCCUGGACGACAUCUUAAAACAUCUCAGCUGUGUUGUCAUUGAGCAUACACCAAAUAAGUGGAAUAAUAAUUAUUAUUAGGCCUUGUCAAACUGCCAUUCCUCAUGCCUCUGUCACAUAAAUCUUGCUAAAACUAUCUGUUUAAAUGGUCUAUCGCGAGCAAAGAGUUUUAGUGAUCAGCCAGGAGAAGAACUGCUUUAGUUGAGCAUAUGCCAAGCUAAUUCUCUCCUCUCCUCUACAGGUGACAUGGAAGGAAGUGAAAAAUGAGAUGGUUGAAGAGGAUGGGAUUUCUCCAGAUGCUGUAGAUCGCAUUGGUGAAUAUGUUCAGCUCCAUGGUGAGUUUCAAUUUGGGCACCAUUUAGUGUGUACGUACUUGACCCCUAGUCUGACACAGCCAAACUGGCUGAGAACUCAUGCAUGUUUCUGUGCAGAUCAUGUGCCCUGCUGCUAUUUCCUGUGCUCGUAGAAUUAUGUUCUGGCUCAAGUAGUGUUGAGAGAAUUGGGCAAGGAGUAGCAGCCAUGAGAAAGACUAAAAUUGAUGGACCAAGUGUUGUGGAGACUGCUGGAGUUGGAGCUUCUUCCACCCUGUAUUUGCCUCUCCUGCAGGGGGGAUAUGUCUGAUUGAGAAGCUACUUCAGGAUCCAAAGCUCUCGCAGAGUAAGCUGGCCAUAGAAGGACUGGAGGACAUGAAGUUGCUGUUUGAAUACCUUACCCUGUUUGGAAUCAUAGAUCAGGUGAGUUGGGAUAUUACAUUAGCCCUUUCUGGCUUUUCCUGGCGUUCUUUCACUCUUGCCUACUAAUGAGAUUCCUGGCUGCAUUGCAGGUAACCAUGGACCUGAGUCUGGCUCGUGGUCUAAAUUAUUACACUGGAGUGAUCUUUGAGGCUGUUCUGCAGCGCCAACCAAGUGACGCAAAGGAGUCUCUCAGGAUAGGCAGUGUGGCUGCCGGUGGGCGCUAUGAUGGACUUGUAGCCAAGUUUGACCCCAAAGGGAAAAAAGUGCCUUGUGUAGGAGUGAGCAUUGGUGUUGAAAGGAUCUUUUCCAUCCUAGAACGGAAUGCUGAGGUAAGAUUUAUUCUUAAUGUGUGAUCAGAAAGGAAAUGAUAGAGUUGCAUAUCACAUGUCAUCUGAAGUAGUGAGAAAGUAGCAAUUCCUUUUCUUUGGUCUAUUGGCCAUGGAUAUUACCUGAAUGUGUUAUUUAAGCCAAAUAUUUAAUACAUUAUGAUUCUUGGCAUGCUUUCUUUUUCAUGAAAACUUCAUACAACACACCUUCCUAUCAGCAGGAAGAAAGGGAGACCUAUCAAAACCUGACUUUGAAUGUUUGAGUUAGUUUUUUUAAGCAGGCUUUUAAAACAGUAAAUAAUAUAAGCAGAUAUUUGGUUUAAAGUCACUAUAUCUAGUUUUAUUUCUUUUAAAUGGUGCUUUUCUGACAAGGUUUGUUUUUUAUUUGAUUUUUAUUCCGUUAAUUCUUCUAUGAACUUCAUUUGUUGCUGGAGAGGUACAAAUUUCCCGUGCUCUACUGGUUUUCCUGUCUUAUGCAGGAAAGCAAAAUCACUGAUGCUUAUUUAACACUGCACUCAGAUCUUGGGGAAAGUUCCACUAAAAUAUUCAGGGCAGGGUUUUAGCAAUGCAUGAGGGAAUGGCUGCAUCUUUUAAUGGACAACAGAAAGCAAUACUGAACUAUUGCUUGACUUCUCCAAUACCAGCCCUCUUAUGCAAUGAAAGAAGACACAAACAUUGCAUGUACUUUUGUCUGCUUAAAGUCUCUGGCAGCUAGCGUGCAUUUGAAACGGCGCAGAGGUGACACUGCACAAACAGCUUAACUUCUGGCACGUAAUAGAUGGGCGUGGUAUAAAUAAUAAAUUAUUAUUAUUAUUAGCUUGAUUUUGCUAAAUAACUAAAUAACAAGUGGCUGGUUAAUAUGUAUUAGAAUAGCUUUACAACAAAAAUCCACAAAGGCAAAUAUGUGUGUGAAAUUUGCCCUACCCCAGAUACAGUACUGAGUUACUCAGUUGAUCUCUUUCCCUCAACUCAAUUAUCAGGACAGGGUCACAGGAUAAAGGUCCUUUCUGUUUCCAUCAGAAUUCAUGCAGGUGCCUGUGCAGAAUCACAAGCAGUGCACGAGGGGGUGGCUUUCUCUGUUUUUCUCCCAGUCCCAAGUGCCUCAUAUAUUGCCUCGGAACUUGGAUGUUCCAUUUAGCUAUUGUGGUGAAAAGCUAUUAGAUGACUUCUCCAUCAGUUGCUGAAUCUUUUUGAAAAGACCCCAAAGACAGUGACAGUCACUACAUUAUCUCAGCAGUCUCUGUAAGAGAGACAAGUACAAUUGCCUCCCAUAUUUUGGUGCUGAGGAGGUGGUCUGCUGCAGGCCACCCUGAAUUCACAAUUGAUGUAGACUGUGAUGAUUUAAGCUCAUGCUAUUUAUUACUCCCAGUACACAAAUUGUCUAGGUGCCUUCAGCUUUCCAUGAACAGUGUAUGCCAGGGGUCAGCAAACUUUUUCAGCAGGGGGCUGGUCCACUGUCCCUCAGACUUUGUGGGAGGCCGGAAUAUAUUUUGAAAAAAGAAAAAAGAAAAAAAGAAAUUAUCAUACCCUACAAAUAACCCAGAUAUGCAUUUUAAAUAAAAGCACACAUUCUAUUCAUGUAAAAACACCAGGCAGGCCCCACAAAUAACCCAGAGAUGCGUUUUAAAUAAAAGGACACAUUCUACUCAUGUAAAAACACGCUGAUUCCCGGACCGUCCAUGGGCCGGAUUUAGAAGGCGAUUGGGCCGGAUCCGGCCCCCGGGCCUUAGUUUGCCUACCCAUGCUGUAUGCUAAUGUUACCGCGGGGUGUUAGGGGAAGGGUAGUACCUCUGUUGGGGGACUCAGCUCUCACCUGUGCCUCUCAGAAGCUGUCAGCAUGCAACAGCAGCCACACCCUGGGAACGACUUCAAAUGGCUGGCUAAACCUGGUGAGGGUAGCCAAUAGGUCUCAAACCCUCAGUGAGUUAGGGACUUUCUCUGCAUGCAAAGACAGGCUCUGGCAGAUUGAGCAGAUGAGACCAAUAGUGGGUCCAGUGAUCAAGAAGGCAUUGUGCACAUGCUGUAGAGGGAAGUGAGGGGCAGAUGGGGCUCAUCAACCUGGGAAGGUAGCCCAUCUAGGGGAAGUAAAACUCUGAUCCUAAACCUCCUCUGCCUUGUGGGAUAUAUUUGGGGAAAGCAAAGGCUAAAGAAUAAACCCUACACAAAUCCAGAGUGGAGUCCCUAAGAUGGUUGGAUGGUGUCUUGUAUGCCACCUUCUGGCAAUUCCUGCAGCCAAGCUGGUGCCAAACAUCAUGCUCUGCUUUCCUUUGGACCAUGUCAGCGAGACUGAGAGGAGAGUCUUGUUGUCUGGGCAGCCCAGGCCCUUCAUAUAAAUAUUGCCCAGGCUUGCACCCCCAGAGAGGUCACUUUGGUGCUGCUAACGCAGUGGUUUGACUUCAUCCCCAGAGGCACACUCCAUUGUCUCUCGAGACAGAUGAAUACCAACAGCCACAACAAAAGGUGACUGCAUCAGUGCUUUUAGUUCUCCUCUUUUAUCUUUUUAAUUUUAGUAUGCUGUAUACCUAAUCAUAUUUUGGAAUUUAGAUAAAUACGGAUGGCCAACUUCUUAAAAUUAGAGGUGAAACUGAACUUUAUUGGAAAAAGGAAAAAGUACAAAAGUAGCAUUAUUAGAGCGCAUUUAUUAGGACCAAUUUCCAGGUCUCAACAAAGACUUGAACUGAGUUGUGGCUUGAUUGGUAAAUACUGUACAGUAAUAAGGUUCCAGUUGCUGUGAUGAGCUUCUGUCCCUGCUCCCCCUUCAGAUGUCCAAGGAGAAGAUCCGUGCAACAGAGACGGAAGUGCUGGUGGCAGCUGCUCAGCAAAACUUCCUUGCGGAGAGAAUAAAGCUCAUCUCUGAACUGUGGGGUGCUGGCAUCAAGGUAACACUGAGGAGUCAGGCUAUACUGUUGCAUUUCUAGAAGCUGGUAUUAUUUGAGUCCAAAGUACAAGGAAGUGGGAGAGCCUUCUCAGAGAAUAAGGUCAUAACCAGGGACAGCAUCAGCCUCUGAUUUGGCAGAAAGCCUGUAUAGUAGUGCUGAUGAUUCAAAUAAAUAUCUGGGCAGUUCACUUGCUACUACAUGCUGCACAUGGUGUGAAUGUCUAACUUUCCAAUCACUGUGCACUUAUUUCAGGCAGAGAUGCUGUAUAAGAAAAACCCCAAACUUCUGAACCAACUUCAGUACUGUGAAAAACAUGGCAUCCCACUUGUUCUCAUCAUAGGGGAAGAGGAGCAGAAAGAUGGAGUUGUGAAACUUCGGGAUGUCUCUAGCAGGAAAGAGGUUGGUGCUUCAAAGGAGGCUACCAGAAUCCAUUGAUCUGUCACUCAUUUAAAAAAAAAAAGUUUAUAGUUUGAAUUUCCUUCAGUGGAAGAUAAUUAGUUUUGAUAAAUUAUGCUAAUCCCAUGUUCUCUAUCUGCUUUUCAGAUCAUUGUUCCUAAGGAGAAUUUCAUAGAAGAGAUCAAGAAGAGAUUGGAAAGAUAGAACCCUUUCAUUUCAUUUCUUUUCCCUUUUUUAAAUCUGGCAGCUAUGCGCCCUCAGAUAAUUUUGCUGGUCCAUAAAGCCACCUGGAGUUAUUCAGCAUUUUUGAAGAACUGGACUUUUGAGAAACGUGGAAUACAGAACAGAUGAGAGAAUGCUUUUAUUGGGAUAAAUAACAUUUAAGAAGCUGAAAGCAAGUUUUCACAUUGCAUUCAGUUGCCACCUUUUUCCACCCUGUUUUUGUGCCUUCAAUAAUGAUUUGGGAGAUUCCCAGGUUUUGAGGCUAUUUUAUAGGAAUUUGUUUGUGGAAUCCAAAUCAUCUGUGUCUGGGAAAUAUAUUGUAGUUUUGACCCUAAAACCAAUAGUGGCAGUCAAUGACUGAUGCCAAUUUCUAACCAGCAUGAAUUUGCUCUUACUGUAUAUCCACAUUGCAUAACUAAAUCACAAUGAAAAUGUACAGGAAUAGCAUCUGAUAUUACAGCAACCAGGAAUUACGUCUUCUAUUUAAUUACUUCUACUUUUAUAUGUGAAAUCAGAAUAUUUCUCCUGAACAGGCAAAAUAUUAGGAUAUCACGACCAGUUUACAGGGACAAAACUCUUGACAGCAAGUUAAUGUCCUGAUAGUAUCUAAAUAUAACAGGUUUAUUUACCUGAACCUAAGCUGGCAAAAAGCAAAACUUAUUUCUUUGGUCUUUGUUGGAGAGUACAGAAAAAGCAACAUGAAAUGUGGUACAGGUGCUCUUCCUUUCUGUUUUGCAAACACUCCACAGAAAACCUACGCACUGGACUGUGCCACAUUGAACUGAAUGAAAGGGAAUAGUGAAUUCUGCAUUCACACAGAAGGGUUUGAAUAGUUAAUACUGAAACUUUCAGCCUUAGUUUUCCCCCCUCUAAAAACAACAACAGCCUUAGUUAGGACAAGGUGCUCCACAGUUGUUUGUGUCUCUUGGAACAACCAAAAUAGUGUGAUAUCCGAUGUUAGCCAUGCUCUGUGUGACCCCAUUGAAAGAAAUGGAAUUAAGUUCAUUAACUGAAGUAGGCCUACUCUGCAUAUGACUUACUAUAUAUCUAUAUAUAUAUCUACUGUAUAUAAAUAGUAUUUAAAUUAUACUGUGUAUAAUGUACAGUUAGAUGUUCUUAAUGACAUUGAAUAAUAAUAAUAAUGAAAAUCCCCUUAGUGGAGAAGUUUGUCAUUGCUACUAUUGUAGCUAACUUUUACUGAGUAUUGUACAGUAAUACCUCUGCGAAUGUCCACCUCGUCUAGCGUCCAUUCCAGCAAACGUCUGCGGUGAACCAGGAAGUACCGGAACGGGUUACUUCCGGGUUUGCCGCUCGUGCAUGUGCACAACCGCUAAAUUGUGCUUCACGCAUGUGCAGAAGUGCAAACUGCUCCGCUUGCGUGCACAGACGCAGCACUUUGCCCUGCGUCCUUUUCAGCUAGCGGCCGGGGCUUCGGAAUGGAUCCCGGUCGCAAAACAAGGUAUGACUGUAUAGUGGUACCUUGGUUUAUGAACUUAAUCCGUUCUGGAAGUCCGUUCUUAAACCAAAGCAUUCUUAAACCAAUGCAUGUUUUCCCAUAGCAGUGGAGGACUCAAUUUACAAAUGGAACACACUCAGCAGGAAGCGGAACAUGUUCUGCUUCCAAGACAAAGUUCACAAACCAAAACACAGACUUCCAGGUUUGCAGCGUUCUUAAUCCAAGUUGUUCAUAAACUAAGCUGUUCUUAAACCAAGGAACCACUGUACAGGCAGUAACUGAUUUGCACGAGGGUUACGUACCGGACCCCCAUGCGCAUUGGCGGGGCCCACAUAAUGCUGUCUCACCUGUCCCUGUCCUAUCCCACCCCCUUUUGUGAUGUUUUGUGGCAUUUUCAGGUCACUUCCAGGUUUGGCACAAUGCACAUGUGCACAGUUGCACACAUAUCAGAAAUACAUAAAAUGGCCACUGCCUGUAUCAUGCACACCUGUAUAUAGCAGAAAAAUUAACUGUAAUGCAGGUUAACUGAUGCAUGCACACAAAUAAGUACAAAUCUAGUGGCAGCCUCAUAUCAAGCCCAAAGAAAGUCCAUACGUUUAAAGCCUGCACACUUUCUUCUCUGGUACAGUCUCCACAUUCUCUGAGCAUGAUGAGCCUAUAAAAUGUAAAGGUUGCUCAUGUAUUUUAUUUUUUUAAAAAAGGACUAUUCACUUAAAAAUAAAAUCUGUAGGUUGUUGGUUUUUUUUAAUGUCUCUCUGUUGCUCUGAUGAUGGGCUAUUCUUUGAUGUCACCAAGUUAUGCCCCAGCUAAAAAAGAUUGGCAAGUUAAAUUAAUGGAAUAGGCUGAAAUGGCAAAAUUGACAAACGAAGAGGAAGAGACUACAAUGAAUUUAAGGAAGAAUGGAAGAUGUUUAUUGCAUAUAUACAAUACAUUGUACACAUUAGCAGGGUUUUAGGACUACUUGUAAUUUUGAUAUGAAUGGGCAAUAGGUAAUUUAAAUGGUUUUCAAAUUUAACAAUGGACAUGUGGUAUGUUGAUUAAUAAAGGAACCAAUGAAGGGACUAGGGGGAGGUCUAUCUGUUUUGUUUUGUUUUGAUUUGAUUUUGUAUUUUUGCUUUUAUUUGUGGUUG